UAUUAAGCCUCAAAUUAAUUUCCUUUGUCAUAAGGGUUUGAAAAUGACAUCUUAUGGAUCAUUACCAGUGCAUCAAUUAUUCCCUAAUAUCACUAUCAACAUUGGCCCCCAAAAAUCCACCUCGGACGUGCUCUAAUUAAAAUUCAUAUUUUUAUCGGCCGUCAAAUCUGUAAAAUCGCUAUCAGCAUCACAACCAAGAAUUCCAUUGUUUCCAUUGUGAAAAGCAGUCAGUUUGUCUCCUAUUGUAUCAUUCAUUAGUGCUUUUACCUGUCCGAGCUUCUCCCUGCGCACAGACCGAGACCCUGCACACCUCUCAAGGGUUUUUUGACUUCAAAGAGUGCAGCAGCCAUAGGUUCCCUCCUUCCUACUGAAGAGCACAUUCCCACAGUCCCUCUGGUGGAUCUGUCUCCUGCACUGAUGGCUCGCAUCAUCCUGGACAGAUUCCUUCAGGACCUGGAGGGUGGACUGCCCUCUAAAACGGUCCUCAACAGUAUGCUUAAGGAGCCAUCGUUAAUCCCAGAUCAUGUUUUGGCCAGGAACAUCUACCAGUGCACAAUAAAUGACUGCUGUUAUGGACCGCUGGUAGACUGCAUCAAACACGCCAUUGGACAAGAGCAUGAGGUGCUGCUGCGGGACAAACUCAACGAGAGAAACCUUUCCUUUCUGGAUGAAAACCAACUGAGAACCAUGGGUUAUGAUAAAACACCUGAUAUCAUCCUGGAGGUUCCAAUCGCUGUGGAAGGACACAUCGUGCACUGGAUUGAGAGCAAAGCCUCAUUUGGAGACGACUACAGUCAUCGCACCUAUCUCAACGAGCAGUUCUGGAGCUACUGGAACAGGUUUGGUCCGGGCCUCGUGAUUUACUGGUACGGCUUCAUCGGAGAGCUGGACUGCCAGAGGGACCGAGGGAUCCUGCUUAAAGACUGCUUCCCUACAGACAUCGCCACCCUGUGCCCGACCGCCCAGCAGGACCAGCCGCCGCAAGAGCCAGAAUAAGGACAAAGGGUGAGAAAAGAUGAGAAGUGGAGCAACAUAAAAAACAACACCCAAACAAGUCAAGAUGGGAGGAUGAAUGGAAGGAAAAGAAAGAGGAAGACAAGGAGGCGUGGAGGGCUGGAACACUGAACUGUACAGGGGUGGAUACCGAGAUCCAGAAGCAAUUUGGUUUUUCCUGCAGUGUGAAACUACUGCCCUGAACUCCGCCUGACCCUCUGUCUCCGUCUGUCUCUCCCUUUCUUCCUCUCGUUCAAUGCCCCAAAGCCACCACAUGUAAAUACACACCAGCACUCUGUGUAUCUGACAGCACCGGGUCAGAUUCAUACCUGUGUGCGAAACACACUCUUGGCUGCUUUCCUGGUGUGCGGUCGGCUCCCGGCCCCUGGAUGGCCCCGUGCGAUGGACAGCCAGGGUGAGAGCCGGGGCCAGAGCAGGACACCGGGCCCUUCCUUAUCACACCCAAAGCCCUGGCCUUUGUCACUCUUUCCUCCUCCGUUACAUUUGCGCAGAUAAGCGAGGUGCGGUCAGCGCGGACGCCUGUCUCUCACCUGCGUCACUCGGUGCCCUCUCACUCCCUCUCCGGGGGGGGGGGGCAGGAUCAUUUCUGAUUAAAGCUGACCUCACUGUGACCCGUUUCACUUCACAUUAGAGAAUCUACCGAGGGCUCACAUCACGGCUUAAAUCCAUCACACCAAUAUCAAAACACUGUAGCGGUGUAUUUCGGGUGGAUUCAACUUUCACUUUCUCAACUUUUACAUUUCUAUAGAUUCAUUUAAUGUGAAUCUUUAAUUGUUGUAUUGGUUUUCACACAGAAACUCAUGUGGCUGCUUUUCUCCUUUGGUUGUUUUUGCAUUGUGUUAAAAUGAGGAAAAACUCUCACUAUUUUUCUAAUCAUUGUCAUUAACCAACAAAAAAAUACUUUUUUACUUUAUUAGCUUAGUUAAUUUUAACUUUAACUAACUUUAUUAGUUAAAUAGAUUAAAUCAUCUGUUGAGCCAAAAUGCUAAUAGUACACUCCCCCCCUCCCAAAUUGAAAAGUAUUAAACCAUGUUUUUUUAUAUAUCACAUUUUACACUGUAAUGAUGUAUGCAAAAAAACAUGUAGGAUGACGUUUUGUAUGUAAAUGAUUAAUAAAUAAGUUUUGAU